CGCCAUUUUGCUUCGUGUACAGCGGAAACAAUAUUUUCUUCGUUUUCUUUACAUUUGUAGCUGUAAUAGCUGAGAAUACGAAUUUUUUUCAUCAGUUGUCUUCCAAAUACAAGCAGGAUGUUUAUCUGGGAAUUUUUUACAGGAAUGUUAAAUUAUUUAGGUUUAUAUAAGAAAUCUGGUAAGCUGGUGUUCUUAGGAUUAGAUAAUGCUGGUAAGACAACACUACUACAUAUGCUCAAAGAUGACCGUAUGGCCCAACCUGUACCCACCCUACAUCCAACAUCUGAAGAACUGUCCAUGGGUGGUAUGAAAUUCACAACCUUUGACUUAGGAGGACAUCAACAAGCACGCAGAGUGUGGAAAGAUUACUUCCCAGCUGUAGAUGGUAUUGUAUUCCUGGUAGAUGCCUUAGAUAGAGAAAGAUUCACAGAAGCCAAAGCUGAACUAGAUAGUUUAUUAACAGAUGAGCAGGUUGCCAGUGCCCCUGUGCUGAUCUUAGGAAACAAGAUAGAUGCUGCUGGAGCAGCCAGUGAGGAUGAACUGAGACACCACUUUGGUCUACAUGGCCAGACCACAGGAAAGGGCACAGUAGCAAAGAAUGACCUACAUGGCAGACCCAUGGAACUGUUUAUGUGUAGUGUGCUAAAACGACAGGGCUAUGGAGAGGGAUUCAGAUGGCUUGCACAGUAUAUUAACUGACCGCAGUUACCUUAGACAAAUGGGAGUAUCAGUUUAUGAAAUUAUUGCGUUGAUGUAAAGGCAUUGUCAACCUGUAGGGGAGAAUAGAGCAUAGACAGCAAUACUAGAACAACCAUUCUGCUGAUAGAGUAUAGGAUCUGAGAACAAACUAUAACAGUCCACCCCACUGUGACAAAACAAAGCAAACGCAAUGCAAUGAUAAUGGUUAAUUUUGCCUUUACGUCAAAUGAUUAGGAUCGAAUUGGAAGUGCAAAACCUAUUAACAGGAUAUUAUACCUUCAAGCUGAAUAAUUAACAAAAACUUGAUUCUGUGAAUGUGACUUUAUAAUACACUUAUGGAGACAUUAGGGUAUUGCCAAAUAUUCUCUUUGAUGAUCAUGAAAUUAAAUAUUUGUUUUAAUUCUAAAUUUAUUAUCAUAAGUGAGUGGCACUGCUCUGAUAGUGUAACCAUGUGUUUAAGUACAUAAUAUAAUAAAGCCAGCAAUAUAACUUUAUUGGGAAUUUUUAGUCAAUUCAUCACAUGGUGUACUGUCCAGCAUAUCAUUAUAGGAAAUUGUACAUGGAGUCAAUUGUUUCAAAAAUCGCAAAAUUGAUAGAGUAUUUUUAAGGAAAUGAAAUUGUUCUGAAAAAGUUUUAGCAUGUACAGAUAUAAGAAGUUAUAUUUAAACGACAAUGUUUUUUUUUAAAUUAAACAAUUUUCUUAAUAGGAUGUGUACAAAUAAUGUAGGAUAAUGUAAAUAAAAACCAUCACAUCAUCACAUCACUAAUUAAAGUGUCAUGUAAUAUAUCUGGCUAUUGAGUAUUCACUUCAGAACUGUACAGCAUACCCUCAACUGAAUAUCUUCUUGUUAGGAGCCAUUUCAGUUGAGCCUAUACUUGGCCAGCGCUUUAUCCAUUGCCUUUUGUGUAAUUGUCCUCACACCUUUUAUGUGGUAAAAUAUGAGUGAUAUUCACCAAGUUUGUACGAUACAUAACAAACUGCACUAAAUUCACUGAAAUUGUUAUUGAAAAUCCACCUUGGACAAAAAACUGACAUUCUUUGUUUAUUUUCAGUUGUUGUCAAGUAAAAUUAAUAUAUAUUAAUAUGUAUAGUUUGUUCUACUUGUGUUUUUGACUUGUUUCUCACGACA